AUGAGCAACAAGGGGCCGUUGGACCAGUUCUAUAGGGAUUGCCUGCGCGUGGGCAACCUGAAGUGCUUCUCCCACUUUUCCUUGUAUCUCAAGGGCCGCGAGGAGCUGGUGGUGACGAUAUACCACGGCGUUAUCCCCGCCAGCCAGCAGCCCCCAAUCACCCGUGUCGGCAGCAUUGGCGGUGCCGCCAACAACCCGCUGCCGCCAGCAAGCCCGGCGUCGCAUGAGCAGGAUGUCAGCAACCCGGAGGUGACUGUGUUCUUGAUCGGUGCCUAUGCCAAGUACAACUGGCCCUACGUAUGGCUGCGGUCGCGCGCGCGCGGCAAGUCCUUGGACGACAUUGAUGCGCCGCUGGACCUGCCCUCUACUAAGGACUGGAAGAACCAGGGGCACCGCGUGUGGCACAUCCUGGAGGAGCUGGUCAACAUGAAUGUCAGCACGCCACCCAGCAACCCCUUUGCGGUCAACUUUGGGGCGCUAUCGAACAUGCCACCGCUGGAGCGCGCGCUGCAGGCAGGCGCACUGGCAGGGUUCCUGCGGGAGCUGCUGCUGGCGCCCUGCCCCUACGCCUCCGAGGUGGAGAGUGACAUGCACCGCUGCAUGGAGCUGCACUUUACGGAGAUGCCGGCGCUGGUGCCGGCGAUGCCGGGAGCGCUGCCGCAGGAAUACCUCGAGCGCCUUGCAGCGCAGUCUUGA